AUGACUGCACGACAUCAACAGACACCUACCGCAUUUCAGACACCAUAUGUCUUUGGGUCAACUGGACUCCCUGGACGAUUGGCUGUUGAGACCCAUCCUGCUCACUACUUGAACACACAAAGUGUGUUUCCACCAUCACCUAUUGACUAUGCAAGUGCACGUUGGCCAACAAACGAUGUGUCAAAUAACAGUACCUUGACACAGCCUGCCCACGAACUCCAUCAUGACGCUUCAGCCUGGGUAGACUAUGAUGUUGCCGAAUUCCUCGAUCACUGGGACAUACAAUACCACAUGGGAGAAGCUGGACUCAUCCAUAUGAACAAUGAACGAAAAGCAUACUGGCAGUCACAAGGCCGACUCCCAUAUGCGACCUACGACCUUCAAGGCCUGAACUGGGCUGCCCUGCAAACGAGCAGAGCUCAAGCUAGACUAGCCAGGAAAAUGCUUUAUCCUCUUCGCUAUACCUGGACUCCGCCUGCCACCAUCUAUGAUGAGAAUUCAGUGUGUCGACAACAGCGCAUGUAUGCACCCAAGGACUUUUACCCUCAUCACAAGGCCAGUCACUCGCAUGGUCAACUUCGGAAUGUGCUCGCCGCGAGAAGUAGGAAUGACAUUUUCUAUGCGUCCAAAAGCAAAGUCAUGCAUAUAUCACUGAGCUGCCCCGCUUAUACAAACAUCGUCAUGAACUUCAGCGGCGCAUCUACAAACCCAAACCAGGCCGGCGAUACACACAUAACUACCAUUGCCGUCUCUCCCGCCACAGACUUUGACGGAUACAUCUCUGAUGCCGUAUUGGUAACUGGAGGCUUGGAGGGCGAAUACGCUCUCCUAAACCUAAACUCAUACCUUGGAGAUCGUCCCACCGAGGGUUUUGUCACCGUCGCCAAGCAAAAAGAAACCACACACGUCCAUGUCCUCAGUCAUCGUCGCACCGGCGCUCUAGGUGCAGCUUUCUGCUCGAACGACAGUAAAGUGCGCAUCCUCGACAUCUCCACAAACCGCUGGGCCGCAGAAUUUUCCUACGAGAAUCAGAUCAAUUGUGCUGCUACAUCACCAGAUGGACGUCUUCGCAUGAUUGUAGGCGAUACCUGCGACUCCCUCAUCACGGAUGCGGAAAAGGGCAAUGUACUCUUCCGCACACGUCAACAUACGGGUUAUGGCUUUGCUUGCGCCUGGGCAGACGAUGGCUGGCACGUUGCAACCGGCAGUGAAGACGGAAAAGUCGUCGUCUACGAUGCCCGUCGUUGGGAUAUGCCAUUGGCAGCUCUAGCCUGCGAAAUGAGUUGUGCACGUUCUCUGCAUUUUACCACUUCCAACAAACCUGGAGCUGGGGGGACGGCAUUGGUGGUUGCAGAAUCUGAUGAUAUUGUCAGUGUGUAUGAUGCAGCAGACUGGCAUGACAAGCAAACCAUUGAUUUCUUUGGCUCGGUGGUUGGAGCGGCUAGCGUGGGUGAUGGACAGGAAUUGAUUGUUGCGAAUGGGGAUGAGACGGUGGGUGGAUUGAUGGUGUUUGAGAGGAGGCAAGGUAUACCCGAAAACGACUCUGAUGAUGAUGAUGACGGACAUGAAGAGUUGUAUGAUUUUGACAUGCAAGGGACAUCAACAAGUAAGAGGAGGAUUGGGAAUUAG